UAUCGCUCAACGACAUCUGUCUUAACCUUUCUCAUGCUGUGAGUUGACAAUGGCUAGACAGUCUCAAAUUCAAAUCUUCUUCGUUUCUUUGGCCGAGUCUGCGAUCUCGUUUUACUUCCUCCCACGGGUCUUCCCGACCACAACUCUUGCCGGCACAUUCCUUAUAUUCUUGUUAAUUAAUUGGAGUUUUUAUUUCGUCUACCUCCUUAUCAUCUACCCCUUUUUCCUCAGUCCCUUCCGACAUCUUCCUAAGCCCGGAGGCAGUUACGGGCCGAUCAUCGCUCAUGGCCCCAUUAUGUUCAGCCAGCCUCCAGGCUCUGCAUUCCUACGGAUGAUGAAGGAGGUGCCAAACGACGGUAUCAUCCACUACCGAAGCUUCUUCCACGAGGAUCGCCUCCUCUUGACGGAACCCGCCCAAAUCGGCGAUGUUCUUGUGCACAAAAGCUACGAUUUCGAGAAAUCUCCAUGGAUUCGAACUUUUCUAAGGCAAUUUCUCGGUGAUGGGCUGCUCAUGACAGAAGGAGACGAGCACAAACACCAGAGGAAGCAGAUCAUGCCAGCCUUCAGCUUCCGCCACAUCAAGGAGCUCUAUCCCGUAUUCUGGUCGAAGUCAGUGGAGCUGUGCGGCGCUAUCAAAGCAGAGUUGUUGGAGAAGAAGGAUGGAGUCAUUGAAUUGAAUCACUUCUCCACCCAGGUGACCAUGGAUAUCAUCGGUUUGGCGGGUCUUGGACGCGACAUUGGGUCGCUUAGAAAUGCUGAUGACGAGCUGAUCAAGAAUUAUGAGGAAAUACUGGAGCCAACGGCAGAAAAGGGAAUUUACUUUGUGUUGCAUCUGAUGUUCCCCCUACGAUUGAUUAAGAUGUUGCCGUGGAAGCUGAAUGAGCGUGUGAAGAUUACUACCAAAAGUCUCAAGCGAAUUUGCCGGGAGUUUGUGCAGGAAAAGAAAGCUAGAAUGAAGAUGCAAAGCGAAGAACAGAUUGACAUCCUGUCCAUUCUUCUCAGAUCCAACGCCUUCUCCGAUGAUGGCUUGGUUGAUCAGCUAUUGACUUUCCUCGCAGCAGGGCAUGAAACAACAUCCUCGGCCUUUACCUGGGCUUCUCAUCUUUUGGCCCUUAACCCAGAUGUGCAGAAGCGGCUCCGUGCUGAGAUCCACGAAAACAUCGCAUUACCCAGAGACAUAUCCAGCGAAAAGAUCGAUAUUGCGGGAUUGCUGGAGUCGCUCCCUUAUCUCAACGCUGUCUGCAACGAAACCCUCCGCCUUUACCCUACCAUCCCCGUCUCAUCUCGUGUGGCAACCCGCGACACCUCUAUCUGCGGACAGUAUGUCCCUGCCGGUACCUUGUCUUUUAUUGUACCAUGGGCAAUCAACCGCAACCCCCGCCUAUGGGGCGAGGACGCUGAGAAAUUCAGACCAGAGAGGUGGAUUGAUCCAGGGACGGGUCGAGCGAAUUAUAUCGGGAGCGCGGACAGUAAUUAUUCGUUCCUGACCUUCUUACAUGGACCGCGAAGCUGCAUCGGUGAGAAGUUCGCGAGGGCGGAGCUGAGAGCUUUGGUUGCUGUGUUUUGUGGUAGUUUUGAAAUGCAGAUGGCAGACCCUAACAAAAUGGUCAAGCCAGGUGGUACGAUUACGAGCAAGCCGAUUGGAGGAAUGUGGCUGAGGCUACAUCCCGUUGCAUGGUGAGCCUCUGGUGUUGAGGGCAGAAGGAAUUCCUAAGUCCUUCGAAGCCUGAGCACUGUCUAGGAUCCUACCUUGUCGCAAAUUGUUUAUGGAUUUAUGGAUAUGUAUACAGUUGCUGCGAUAUCUAUGCCUUAAAUG